UUCACAUCCGAAAACCCGCGACAUUCUAACGGCAGAGCUCUAUCAACAUCUCGACCAUUUCGCUUCGAGGCAGAGCACGCGGCAUCUCGGACUUCACCCUGUCCGUUCGGCUGCGAUCGCGCUCGCCAUCAUGGUCGACACCGAGAACCUUCGCACAGCGUCGCUGUACAUCAACAACCAGCUCCUCUCCCGCGGCCUGCUACGCGACGGGCAAACUGUCGACUUUGCGAAUGUAGGAAACGGCGGCGAGGAGUCGGCGGCAGCGCGCGCUCGCAUCAUAAGCAUAGUCAACGACCUGAUUCUCAGGCGUGACGUAAGGCGGCCCCGAUGUCCUGGCUGCGACGACGAGAGUUGACACAGGUCUAGCGCGAUGCCGAGCAUCGCGAAUCGCUCUCGAUGGCAAUGCGCAACUUGCGCGCCGAGAACCUCAAGCACACGGCCGACAUCACACGGCUCACCGAGAGGAACACCGAGGAGAAGCGCAAGGCCGACAUUGCAGCCGCGUCCGAGGCAGCGCUGAAGACGCAGCUCAAGUCGGCAGAGUCCAACGUGCGCGGGCUGAAGGAGGAGCUCUCACGGACAAAGUCUCUGGUUGCCCAAGCGAGAACAGCUUGCACGACAGAAGUACGGCGGCGCGAUCGCCAGAUCGACACCCUCAAGAAGCAGCUCACUGAGGCGGGCCGGUCGCGAGGCACGAGAGCCAACCCGGCGAUCACAACAAUCACCGUCACAGGCGAGGUCGGGCGGGAGAAGGGCUCCGCAGCAGGCUCUAGCAGCGUGGCAGCCGACGAUUACGAUUUACGAAGCGAGACGAACGCGUUCCUGGCGAGCCUCGCACAGAACCUGAGCGAGGAAAACGAGACGAUCCUGAACAUGAUGCAACGAGCAAUGAAACAGCUACGCGAAAUGAGCGGAUACCAAGGCGAAGAUGAAAGGCGCGAUGCGCAGGUCAUCAGACGAUCAAACUGCGAAGAGCUAGAUGCAGAGCUGGACGCUGUAGUGGAGCACAUGCGCAACAUCCUCACGAAUCCUUCAUUCGUCCCGAUCGAGGAAGUCGUAGUGCGGGAGGAAGAGAUUGCGCGCCUCAAGUCAGGCUGGGUCAAGAUGGAGACACGCUGGAAGGAGGCCGUUCAUUUGAUCGACAGCUGGAGGAGGAAAAUGGCGGCGAGCGGCAAACCAUUGUGUGAUGAGGAGCUGCAGAUGAGUCUGCGCCUUAGUCCGGUCCGCGGAAACGAUGCGGAGGAGACCAAACAGGCCUUCGGAACGAACCUUGAAGCAGUCGCCGAAGAGGACGAGGAGCCUGUCGCGUCGCUGCACUCUCCCUGCCCGCCAGGCCGCGAAGACUUGGACCUAGCCCCCGAGUCCAGCUUUGACGCCAACGAGGAGAGUGGCGACGAUGUUGAGCAUGAAGACGACGGCGCGCCCGCAGACUAUGUCGUUGCAAACGAUGAGGAGGAGGAGGCGGAGGAGAGCAACGACGCGCUGUUGCACAACCGCCCUCUCUCGCCGGACUCUCCGCCCAUGCCGGAGCCGCCGCGACUGAGCCCCCUGAAGAACUCUGCUUCGGCGGGGAAUAGGGGAUCCUCCCAAGAGGCUCGCGUUCGCUCCAGGCCAGGGGACUGUACCACCAUUGUCGAGGAGAAGACGAAGGAGGUCGAGGCCGAGGCCAGGUCGAUGCGGUCUAUGCCCGUCCGGCUAAAGGGCCUGACGGCGCAGAUGCGUGCCGCGUCGAUCACUUCGCAAAAGUCGUCUGCUGGGUUGAGAUCCUCUUCACGGUCAUCCCUCGACGAUGCGCUGCUGCUAAAUACAGAUGAGAAAGAGGCCGAGGCGACACAGAGGUCUAAGAGGGGAGAGCCAUCGCCAACGGAAAGACCCAAGCAAGAGGCUCCCCCGCGCGAGACGCAAGCAGAAAAGGCGCCCAGCACGAAGCGCGUCGCCGCGGCAGCAAAGCCUGAUGCCCACAGCACCCCGAAGCGCACGGCAGCGGCGUCGAAGCCCUCUCUGCCGCGGCACGUAAACCUUGCUCCUGCUCCUCCUCCCCCGCAGCAGCAGAGCCCCUUGACCAUGUCGACCAUCGCCGCCAAGCUUGCCGCCUCGGAGAAGGAGGCUGACGCCGCGCGCGUGCGGGCCAAACUGCGUGCUGCCAGGGGCACGGGGCCGAGCGCCGCCGCCCGCGGGGGCGUCAAGCGGCCUGCCUUUACGGCGGGCGAGGAGGCGGCAGCAGCGAAGGAAGACGCAGAGCCGGCGACGGCGCCGGCGCCGACGUCCGCCGAGGACGUUGACCCCGUCAAGCAUGAUGUCGCACAGCCGCAGCAGGAGCAGCAGUCGCGGGACCAAGCCAAGCCGGAGAAGAGGAAGCGCGAGAGGCGCCCGAGCAGCAAGGCGACGUCGCGAAGGAGGAGCACGCUGAGUCCCUGGGAGCUGGAGACGUUGAUGGCGGGAACGGCGCAGUGAGGGGGCAGCAAAUCUGGAGGGCGAUGGGUUUGGGUAGGAUGCAAGACCUAUUUCGAGCGGUAUAUAUGGGCAUUGGUAUGGCGUUGGGCUCACUCACGAUGUGCUUGGUGCCCCCAGGGUGACUCUACAGGCGUGUUCCGCCUUAUGAAUUGGAGCACUUUACUUUUGUCCGAUGACUCAUUUGUCAUUUUACAACGAAUGUAGAUUGAUUGUGUUACAUUCACAGCUGUCAAAAAGGUGUACGCGGCAUUGUAGACAUUUUUUGCCUGGAUAUACCUGCCG